AUGGAGAAAGAAGGAGAGAGAGUGUCUGGCGAUCUUAGGGGUAGAGUUCCUGCCGAUGAGGAGGAUGAAGAUGGAGGUUCGAGGGAAACUCUGGAUCGAGGUCCUGUGAUUCCUGAAGAAGAUAGGAUCUCGGAGGCUGUGGCUCUAAAGAAAUCCUAUACGAAGGCAGUGGGGAACGCUUCAUGGCCUACCAUUGAUUCCUUGCCUGAUCCAAUUCAAGCAAGAAACAUUCGAAGGAUUGUCAUUCCCCAACAGGACUAUGAGGCAAAACGGCAGAACUUUCGUUUCGCGUUGAUAGGGAGAGUAAAUUUCCAUUUGAUUUCCCUUGAUGCUUUGCAUGAGGAGGCUCGUGCAAACUGUAAAUUGAAUCAAGAAGUGGUUAUGAACCCAUUGGGAAAGGGUUAUGUUAUUUUCGAAUUCAAGUGUGAGGGUGUGGGGCGCCCGGUUGCAUUUGAUAAACACACGAGACAGGGUCUUAUGGGUUAUUUUGCUCGAAUCCAAGUGGAGAUUGAUGUAUCUGAAACGACUGUGAGAGUAAAGGAGGUCCAAAUUGAAAGGCUGGAGCUGGCAACGAAUCUGGUCCUCAAAUUUCGUCAGAAGGUUGUUUAUGAAGACAAUGUGGAAAGAUGUGGGUACUGUAAACGUGUUGGUCACCUGAUUGCUGCCUGUAGAUAA